CGUCGAGCGUUGCUCUUGCAUAUACGUAGUGAUUAUUUGUGGACAUAUAUUGUAGUAUAUAUUAGAUAUAACGUACUAUAAAAAUAUAUGCUUGUUACUUGACGCGUGAGUGCAGUGACACCAUUAAAUGUUCUUAUGAAUUGUACGAUGGAUCUCGAAAUUGGUGAAAUCAGUGGAACUAAAAUAAAACCUAAUAUCACAUUGUUUACGGAUCUCACUUAUAAAGUAAAAGCACGAUCGUGGUUUAGGAGGACAAAAGCGCCCCAAGCGCGGGAACAACUUAUACUCAAUGGAGCGUGCGGUGCCAUACGACCUGGAAGACUGACAUUUAUAUUGGGACCCUCAGGAGCCGGCAAAACCUCCUUGAUGAAAAUUCUUGCUGGAAGGAAAAAAUCUGGUGUAUCCGGUUCAGUGUUAGGCGCUGGUCGUGACGUAGUUUUAGUAGCACAGCACGCUACUCUCAUAGACACGCUUACAGUUAAGGAGACCCUACAAUUUGCAGCAUCCUUGAAACUACCUAACGCUACGCGAAAUGAAAGGAAUCACACUAUUGAAUCAGUAUCCAAGCAAUUAGGCAUCAAUGAAGUAUUUAACACAAGAACCGGUUUGCUUUCGGGCGGGGAAAGAAAACGGUUGACGAUAGCCUGCGAACUGCUAACUGACCCAACUAUCAUGCUCUUGGAUGAACCCACUAGUGGUCUAGACUCAGUCUCAUCAAUGUCGGUAGCCCAAGCACUACGAUCAGUGGCUAACAGCGGGCGAACUGUUGCCUGUGUGAUCCACCAACCAUCAUCACAACUGUUCACUUCUGCUGAUGACGUCAUCCUAUUAGCCAAUGGCAGGACGAUAUACGCCGGCGCUAUAUCCGAUUUGCCAGAGACGCUGAAGAAAUCCGGAUUCGUAUGCCCGCAUUAUUACAACAUGGCGGAUUACCUUCUAGAAAUAGCAACCGGUGAACACACAGGAAACCUAUCGCUAUUAGAAAUGGAAGCAAAAACAUAUGCAUCUGAAAUGAGAAAACUUACUGAGAGAACUAUCCAGCAGAAACAUGAAAAAGUUAAGUCACCUGAAGCAGAGGCCUUAUUGAAAUCAAACACGCCAUUUGAAGCAGAUGGCUACGCGGCAGGCUACAGACAACAAAUGAGAUCUCUUCUGUGGAGAGGGUGUUUAGGAGCUUUAAGAGAUGUACAUUUGACACAGAUUCGAGUCGUUACACAUUUUGUUGUUGCAUUACUGCUUGGUGCGUUGUAUCAAGGCGCAGGACAAGAUGGCGGCAGAACAAUAUCCAACACUGGUUGUCUAUUCUUCUUCCUGCUUUUCCUGUAUUUCUCUAACGCCAUGCCGACGAUACACACUUUCCCUGUGGAAGCAACAGUGGUGAUACAAGAACAUUUAAACAAAUGGUACUAUUUGUCUACGUAUUGUGCAUCGAAAAUUAUCGUUGAUCUCCCUGUACAGUUAUUAUGUGCUUCGGUGUUCGUAUUCCCAGCGUGGUACUUCACUUCUCAGCCAAUGGAAAUGAAUCGUUUGGCCCUCGCUUGGCUUAUUUGUACCCUCAUUACAAUAUUAGCGCAAACCUUUGGGUUAGUGGUCGGUGCCGCUUGUGAUGUCAAGCUUGGCCUUUUUGUUGUCCCCGCUGCGAAUAUUCCAAUGUUGAUGUUCUCUGAAUUCUUCAUCCCGUACAAGGAGAUGCCAUCUUAUCUCCAACCUUUUGCACUCAUAUCAUAUUUCCGUUACGCUUUUGACGCAUUCCUGCAAACCGUUUACGGAUUUGGUCGAGAAAAGUUGCCAUGUUUUAAAAUUAUCUGCCUUUUCAAAGACCCCAAAUAUUAUCUGGAAUAUUUGGGCUUAUCGGGAAACUACUUUAACGAUACUAUGGCUCUAGUGAUAUGGAUAUUACUAUUGAAAAUAUCGUUAAUUUGUAUCCUAAGAUAUAAAGUCCAUAGAGCAUGUAAAUAACUUAAAGAAAACACAAUUUAUAGAUAGUAAGUUUAUUUACAAGCUGAAUUAGUAAUUGUGUUUUGACUAAAUAAUAAAGAAGAUGUUAUGUGCUCUCAUAUUUGAUUGAUGAGAUUGGAGAAAUAAAGUAAAAGUUUUUAUAAAUAACGUAUAAUCCCUUCUCCUAAUAUCAAUUAAAUAUCGGUGAUUGUUAGUUGUAACGAUUAGGCAACACCUAAUCUGAAUAAUUAUUUUUAUGCAAAAAUCUGUGAUAUUUUAUCUCUUACGAACAUCAUUAUAUUAAACAUAGUAAUUAUAGAAUAAUAUUGUCAGUAAGUUUAUAAAGUCUUAGAAUUUUCUAGAAUAUUCCAUAUUGAUAAAUUAACAGUUUUACAUAUUAUGGUCUAGAUAUUUCAGAUUUCACGAGUUCUCGUGAUUGAAACGUGAAAGGUCAAGGGUUAUUUAGCAGCCGAAUAGGGUGUUGGUGGUGAUAGAGAAAACUCUGACUCUCUAUAUAAUAUUGUUUGUUACUUUUAAGUCUUUUUAAGUAUGUAUAGAAAUAAGACAUUAGGAAGAUAAACGGAGCUGGUAUAUUUUUUAUAA